AACCGCCGCGUGCGAGCACCAACACUCGAUUUCCGUCGGGACGUGGAUGCUCACGAGCCCCAACCAUUGUUCGGCGAAUUCGAGCUCUCGACGGCAGCCCUGUUCAGCCCGUCCUUCGGCAACUCGGGAACCAUUGCUUCGUGUAGUCGCCGCCCUCUUAGACCAACGGUAUUUCGCUGAGUCAACUCGGAUCGCAGGUGUAGGCCGUUCUGGAGGAGUCGAUUUAUCCGUUAAUUAGAGGGGGUAAUGAGGACGGGCCUUUUCAACCGUCGGACGAUAAGGCAGGGAGCGCUGUCAGUCGGAUCGGUGAAGAUAAAGCUGAUGCUUGCCUGCUGCAUCGUGUUCACAUUUAUUGCGCUAGCAAGUCGAACGGCGACUUUUUUGGGUUGGAACAAAUACUCUGCUCCUCUCCAGCAAUUCUCUCUCCCAGGAAAAGGUUAUACCUUAUUGAUCAACACCUGGAAAAGAAGUGACCUUCUAAAGCAAUCUAUAUCUCAUUAUGCAAAGUGUCCCGGGCUAGAUUCUGUACAUAUCGUGUGGAGUGAACCUGACCCACCUUCGAAGUCCCUUGUCAACUUUCUGAACCGUGUCAUCAAGAUGAACUCCAAAAACAGUCGACCAAUUGAGUUGAAGUUUGAUAUCAACAAGGAAGACAGUCUGAACAACAGAUUUAAAGAGAUCAAGGAUUUGAAGUCAGACGUGGUCUUCUCCAUUGAUGAUGACAUUAUAUUUCCUUGUACAACAGUGGAAUUUGCUUUUAGUGUCUGGCGAAGUGCACCAGAUACAAUGGUCGGGUUUGUGCCUCGUGUUCACUGGUUUGAUAAAUCGGAAGGGAACGAGGACAAAUACAUUUAUAGUGGAUGGUGGUCUGUUUGGUGGACCGGAACAUACAGUAUGAUCCUUUCCAAAGCUGCCUUCUUCCACAAGAAGUAUCUCAGUAUGUAUAGUUACGAGAUGCCAUCGUCAAUUCGAGAAUAUGUGACCAUGAAUAGGAAUUGUGAAGAUAUUGCAAUGUCUUUCCUCGUCGCAAAUGCAACUGGUGCUCCUCCCAUCUGGGUCAAAGGUAACAUUUUUGAGAUUGGUUCAACCGGGAUUAGCAGCUUGGGUGGUCACACUGAGAAGAGGACUGAAUGUGUUAACCGUUUUAUCAGUGUGUAUGGUAGAAUGCCAUUAGUGUUGACUCCGAAACACAGGAAGCAGGUGAUGGUUUAUAGACGUAGUCAUGGUGCUCCACAUGGUCACCCUGAAUUUGUGCUCUGCCGGCGGCCAUCACCGCCGAGUACAGGGCGCCAAACUCCUCAGCAGUCCCCUGUCGGCAUCGAUCUUCUCGAUAAUCACUCGCAGCUUCUCCUCUGGCACACGAAUUCCAGAUUCUCCAGCGAUUUGCCGAGCUCUUUUCGACUGAUCUUGUCGUUGCCGUUCAUCAAGCAUGGAAAAGAUUCGGCGGAACUCCUGCGUGCCCAUCCGCAUUGCCUAUUAUUUCUUGAUUUUACCAGGCCCUUGAAGAUCAAUUCAACUAAUGAAACCGAGAGAAAGGUGUACAUUGUUUACAUGGGGGAAUUGCCGAAGAACACGAUAUCCGUUGUGGACCAGCACCACAGCCUUCUAUCAAAGACCAUCGGAGACGAAACAAUAGCUAGGAACUCCAAGGUACAUAGCUAUGGAAAGAGCUUCAAUGGCUUUGCAGCAAAAUUACUGCCUCAUGAAGCAGAAGAAUUAUCGAAAAAAGAAGGUGUGAUAUCAGUCUUUCCAAACGAGAUGCUAAAGCUUCAGACAACAAGGUCAUGGGAUUUUCUGGGGAUGCCUCUUGAUGUGAAGAGAAAUGAACAAGUUGAGAGUGAUACUAUAGUAGCCCUAUUAGAUACAGGAAUAUGGGUAGAUAACCCAAGCUUCAAUGAUGAGGGAUUUGGUCCUCCACCUAAGAAAUGGAAGGGCAAAUGUGACAGUGGCCAAAACUUCACUGGCUGCAACAAGCAAGUAAUCGGGGCCCGUUUUUUCCAAGUGGGUGACGAGGGCCCGUACGACGAGCCGCCCUCUCCCGUCGACCUCGAAGGCCACGGCACCCACACCGCCUCCACGGCGGCCGGCAUCCCCGUCGCCGGCGCUUCCCUGUACGGCAUCGCGGAGGGGACCGCCCGCGGCGGCGCCCCGCGGGCCCGGAUCGCGAGCUACAAGGUGUGCUGGGGCCCGGGAUGCCAGGACGCCGACCUUCUGGCGGGGUUCGACGCGGCCAUCGCCGACGGGGCGGACGUGAUCUCGGUGUCCAUCGGAGGCCGCACGCGCAAGUUCACGGAGGACUCGAUCGCGAUUGGGUCGUUCCACGCCGCUCGGCGGGGGAUCCUCACGGUGUGCGCGGCGGGGAACGACGGGCCCACGGCGGGCUUGGUCGAGAACGUGGCGCCGUGGGUGCUCACGGUGGCGGCCAGCACCACCGACCGGAAGCUCGUGACGGAUGUGGCUUUGGGCAACGGGAAGAAAAUUCCGGGAGUUGCGCUUAAUACAUAUUCACCAAAGAGACGAGUAUAUCCAUUGACAAACGGAGCUUUUGCACGAAACUCCACUAUUAUUCCCUAUGCAAAUUCCAGCGCAUGCGAUUUUGGGUCAUUGAACGAAACCUUAAUAAGAGGAAAAAUCGUGUACUGCCAAGAAGCCGGUGGUGAUAACACCGUCCCGUUUUCUGGUGGGGCCGCCACUAUAAUGUCCGAUAACGAUUACUUGGAUGUCUCUCGUCCCACAUUCGGCCCAGCAACUUACGUAAGCUAUGACGAUGGAUUAUACAUCGACAGCUACAUAAACUCCACAAGAUUACCGCAAGCCGUUAUAUUCAAAACGAAGAGCGUGAACGUGACCGAAUUCUACGUGGCUAGAUUUUCAUCUCGAGGCCCUCAAGACUUGAUCGACAUACUUGCCGGUUACACGAAACUAAUCUCCCUAAUGGACUCGCCGAGUGAUAAUCGGUUCGUUAACUACACGGUAUUCUCCGGAACUUCGAUGGCUACGCCACAUGUCUCGGGUGCCGCUGCCUAUGUCAAAACCUACCAUCCGAGUUGGUCUCCGGCCGCCAUUAAAUCGGCUCUAAUGACCACUUCAACAUUGUUCAAGGUGAAACCGGUGGAGGUUGAGUUAGCAACUGGCUCGGGUGAACUCAACCCGACUCAAGCACUUCACCCGGGCCUUGUAUACGACAUGGACAUAAUCUACUAUUUAAGCUUGCUUUGCAAGCAAGGCUACACGAGCAACGAUAUUAUUCUUUUGACCGGUAGCAAAAGCUAUAAUUGUUCGAAAAUCCCACAAGCGAAAGGCGCGGAUGGGUUGAAUUAUCCCUCGAUAUAUUAUCAAGUGCCCGAUCCAGAGUCUGGAUUUUCGGAAGUGUACUAUCGAGAGGUGACUAAUGUUGGGUUUGGAAAGUCAACAUAUAAGGCGGAAGUCAAUUCACCCGAGGGGCUGUCGAUCGAAGUCAACCCUAACGUGCUGAAUUUUGACCGGGCUUAUCAGAAGGCUUUGUUUGCCGUGACUUUGAAAGGGAAGUUGCCGCCGAAAGUGAACUAUUUGUCGGGUUCGCUCGUGUGGGAUGAUGGAAAGCAUCGUGUUAGGAGUCCCGUUCUCGUUUCGUAUUAUAACUCGUCGGUUUUUUAGUAUAUUGAAUAUGUGGGUAGAACUUUAUUAACUAUGGGGAGUAAAUUACUGACUUAGUUCAUUAUCUAAAUGAUAUUUGGCAUUUUCUAUAAUAUGAUGAUUGGAAAGUGUUGUUUA